AUACAACUUAGUGUGCAGAUACAGCCUGGAGAUGGAGGUAUUCAAGAUUGUGUUCCCUUUUCUUAUUCUCGGUUUUUUGAACAACUUUCCUCUUAUCAAUGCGCUGAAUUCCGAUGGCACCUGUAGCAGUGAUAGCGACUGUCCACUUUCAUUCUAUCACUGCUGUUCCGGGACUAUCUGGUGCUGUCCUUCCGGGUACAUUUGUACCGGAUCUGCAACCUGUAUUAGUAUCGGAGUUAUCGUUGGUCCUAUCGUCGGUCUGAUCGCCAUCAUCGUCUGUGUCGUCGUUUGCUGCAUCUGCUACAGAAAAAGACAACAAACACCAGGUGUUGUAUACAACCCUCAAACAACUCAACCUGGCUACGGACAACCACAGGCUUACGGACAACCACAGGCUUAUGGACAACCCCAGGCCUAUGGACAACCGCAGGCGUACGGACAACCACCGGCAAAAGCUUGAAAUGUCUAUGAGAGACAGAGAGAGCGAUAGAGAGAGAGAGAGAUUGAGAUAUUUUUACAUUUAUGCUUUUUUUGUUGUUUUUGUUUGAAAGAUCAUAUAUUAAAUUUAUUACAUUGAAAUAUGAAGAGAUUUUUUCUGUAGUAAAUUUGCAUGUAUAUUGCCUUAAGAAUUUUAUAUUUGUAUGUACAUGUACUUGUUACUCAAAAUUUUAAUUCCAUAUUCACCAUUAACAUAUUAAAUUCAUGUAUUCAUAACUUUAAUUUUUAGCAUACAUACAAACAACCACAUUAGGAAAAAAAUUAUCAAAUAUUGUGAAUGUGCCUAUAAAAACAUUUCUAAUAGUAUUUCAUCAUAUAGAAUGUUGAAGAUGGGCGAACAAGGCGUGCAAAAUGCCUGCAGCUUCAAAAGAAUAAAAAUCAUAUUCCAUUUGUGAAUUUAGUAUUUAGAUAAAGUUCAUUCUAUUAAAAGGUAAGAAAUUAUGACAAACAAAACUUUUCUGCGGAAACUUCUCUCGGUAAAAUUAUUCUAUUACUUAAAAAAGUGGUGUUCUUGGGAUUCGAAACCAGACAAUAGCUAUCCUUAAAAUUAUUUUUUUUUGUUUGAGACGAACACGCUAACCACUACGCCACAACAAACAGAUGAACAGAGGCAUUGUACAUGUAGUUUAUGUUUGUGAUAUGACCAUUGAGAAAAUAGACUUAAAUAUUCGUCUGAAAGAUAUACGUACAUGUAUGCUGUGUUCUAAAAGUGUAUUUGUAAGGUACAGUGUUUUUGACAUGUUUUUGUCAACUGAAAUAUGUGUAUUUUUUGGAUACUUUGGGGAUAAACUUUGAAAAAACGUUGAAGUGCGCGAAGACCCACUCAUAAAAAAAAUUUAUAGUAUGAAAGAUGAUUAUUUUUGAUCUCUUUAGUGGGUGUAUGUUAUUUAAUAGACGAAUAAUUUUAAUCUUUGUGAGAUUGUUGCAAAAAUUGUGAAUAGUUUACCUUAAGUAUACAUCCGCAGAAACAUGGCUGAAAUUUUGCCGACUCGGCGUUAAACAAUAAACAAUCAAUCAAUCAACAUUAAGUAUACAUUUAAUGUUCAAUGAACUAUCAAAGAAAAUUGUGUUCUAUUUGAGAUUUAAAAUUUUCAGUUUCUUGUUUGUCGCAUGACAUAGGAAUUUUUCUAGCUCGCCUUGUACGCCCAUUUUUAUUAUUAUUAUAAAACGAUCAUAUAUGACAUGUGAAGAAAUCCAUUUUAAAGAGAAGUUUUAGAAAUAAAGGUUGUUUCUUAG